AUGCUACACCAGGAUAAUCCGACCCUGCUUAGUCUGACGCAUCUUUUUCUUCCUUUCUUUCUUUCUUUCUUUCUUUCUUUCUUUCUAACCUUGUCUUUCUUUUUCUUUCUUUCUUUCUUUCUUUCUUUCUUUCUUUCUUUCUUUCUUUCUAACCUUGUCUUGUUAAUAUUUACUUCCACAAUCUCUUCUUUCUUUCUUUCUUUCUUUCUUUCUUUCUUUCUUUCUUUCUUUCUACCGAGCUACCCCAUUCUGUUCACGUCGAUUAUCUUCACACCUGUGUCAUGUUUAGUCAGCAUAUCUAUCUAUCUAUCUAUCUAUCUAUCUAUCUAUCUAUCUAUCUAUCUAUCUGUCUGUUUCGGUCUGUUCAUAUCUAUCCAUCUAUCUAUCUAUCUUCUCACGGAAAUCUUUAUGGAGGGAAAUAUCCAUUUAUUGAUCAAAUAUUUUAUGUUCCUAUUCAUACACUUACACAUUCGCAUUUCUCCCUCUCACAUAUAUAAUCUCCACCUUUAUAUCACUCUUUUUUUUCCUUUGUUUCUUACACGUGCUUACUUAAUCUCUCUCUCUUUCCCUUUACGUAUCUAUGUAUCUAUCUUUCAUUUGAUUAAUAUUAGAUUAUUAUUCAUACACUUAUGCUCACACGUUUGCAUUUCUCUCUUUCAAAUACAUACUCUCCACAUUUAUAUCACACUUUCUUUCUUUCUUUCUUUCUUUCUUACAUGUGCUUACUUAGUCUCUCUCUCUCUCUCUCCCUCCAUGUAUCUAUGUAUCUAUCUUUCAUUUGAUUAA